UCCGCGCGCAUGGUCGUCUUUCACCAUAUAGCAGAAUACCUUCUAUGAGCUGUAUCGGUAGCGUGUCGUUGUUGCAGACUGUCUCUAGGUAACGGUGUACACACAGGCUUUGAACGCUACUCGUGUGUGCGUAGUUGGUUGUUUGUGUCCUUCACUUUUCUUCUCGUUUCGUUGGGUUCGGGAUACUUCAGCUAUGGCGCGUACCAAGCAGACCGCUAGGAAGUCUACUGGUGGCAAGGCGCCCCGUAAGCAGCUUGCAACCAAGGCGGCUCGGAAGUCUGCGCCGGCGACUGGAGGUGUGAAGAAGCCUCACCGCUACAGGCCCGGGACGGUGGCUCUUCGUGAGAUCCGCAAGUACCAGAAGUCGACGGAGUUGUUGAUUCGCAAGCUGCCUUUCCAGCGGUUGGUGCGUGAGAUUGCGCAGGACUUCAAGACGGAUCUCCGGUUUCAGAGCUCAGCUGUGCUGGCCUUGCAGGAAGCUUCGGAGGCGUAUUUGGUUGGUUUGUUUGAGGAUACCAACCUGUGCGCCAUUCAUGCGAAGCGGGUGACGAUUAUGCCGAAGGAUAUCCAACUCGCUCGCCGUAUCAGAGGAGAGCGGGCUUGAUAGGAGGGGUGACUGCGUGGUGUGCAUUCAAAUGGUGUUUAACAACACCACUAUUUUCAUGAAAUUGUGUCAUCUUGGUGCCAGACCUCAUUUGUUUUGCUACAUGCUCAUUGCAGGUGUACAAUAACAAGACGUCUAAUGUUUGCGAGGUUAUACGAAACUACGUUCACUAUUUGAAAGGAUGAAUUGCGGCACAUUGCAACCGCCCUAAUUCCUUGGAUGGUGCUCUAUAUGAGAAAAAUCACGCCCCGUUUUCAUGAGAAACAGAGCCGAUGCCUCGUCCCGGCAACCCGUACCAAGGAAUGUGCCGCGCUUGAAUAACUGAGAGCAUCGGUCUCAUUAUUACCUAAUAACAAAGUAUGUCUGACAGUUACUUCCCGAAGCUCGAGUCGCAAGGCAGCCCAAGAUUCUCUUUUCCGCCACAGUUUGUGCUAUGAUCAUCGACCUUCGCUCCAUUUCCCGGCAACGCCAAUUUGAUGUAGUCCAUUAGUAGAUUACUUGUGCUGUUGUGGGAUGGUGGAAGCUGAGGCAACAGACCAAUAGCAAUGGGCAUGUCAUGUUUUAGAAGCAUUAGAUCAUGCUGAUUGAGCGCAAUUCACGAGCGUGAAGUAAUUAGUUCCAUAACCUAGCAUUUGUAAACCAAUCCUCUGUACAGAAACUACCCUCAGCGUGUUUUAGUGGUGGCUGCAGAAAAGUGUCCUGUUUGUAAGUGGCAGGCAGGACACUUACAGCCAGGACAGACUCUGGAAAUGCAUCCGCACCGCCAAUGGAGUAUCUUUGAACAAUAAACCUGAUUUGGUUGGACA